AUGGGGUUGAAGUUGUCGAAGAAGGGGAUGAUUAAAAGCCCAGAGAUGAUGAACUUGGGGCACGUGCAGAGCCAGCUGGUGAGUUGUCUCUAUAAAAACUACAUACGUAACUUGGUCUCCAAGAAACGCAGGCGCAUGCUCGUCGCGGGCUACGAUCUCGACAUGACUUACAUAACGGAUCGAGUUUUGGCCAUGUCGUUUCCCGCCGAAUCCAUGCGUGCCGUGUACCGUAAUCCCAUGUGGCAGGUCAAGUCCGUGCUCGAAAUGCGACAUCCCGGUCAUUACAAGGUAUAUAACUUGUGUAUAGAGCAAGCUUACGAUGCGUCGCAUUUCGACGGGCGUGUGGAGAGGUACCCGUUUGACGAUAACCAUGUCCCGACAAUUUCGAUGGUCAAGGCAUUUUGUGAAGAUGUUCAUUCUUGGAUAUUGAGUGAUCCCAAGAAUAUUGCAGUUGUACAUUGCAUGGCAGGAAAAGGUCGAACGGGAUUAAUGGUAUCGUGUUACCUAGUUUACACGGGGAUGUCAGCUGAGAAGGCUUUGCAAGUUUACGCAGAGAAACGAACCACAAAUAACGAAGGCGUUUCUAUAGCAAGCCAAAGGCGUUACGUCGAAUAUUGGGAGAAAGUGCUUUCUCUCUCCAAACGAGUUAAUAUCAGUACUUCUCCGAUUCUCGAUUUGCCUAAACCUUGCAGCAGAGAGCUUCAACACAUUCGCUUAUACGACACAACAAACAUCGAUCAGAUCUUUGUUGUUGUUUCUGUCUUGCAAAAUAUUCCAGGGCAGAGGUAUUGCCCCCCAGCGGAAGUAUCCAAGAAUUGCUGCAGAAGAAUCGGAAAAGAGAACGAAAGAUUGAACAAGCCUCGAUAUUACUACUCGUUUGUUGAGGGUGAUGAAGAAGGGAAGAAAGACGUGGCCGCGGAGCCUCGUUUGGUUGUUCAAAUGGACACCGAAAGUUCGAUUAUUUACGAGAAGACUUGUCUCGGCUAUUACUUUGAGAAGCCUGUCCAAGUAACGGGCGAUGUUCGUAUAAUUUUCUACGAGAAAUUGAUCGGAGGGCGUUUGUUUUACGUUUGCUUCAACACGGCUUUUAUAACCGGCAGCCUACUGCAGUUCUCAAUGAGGGAUUUGGACAAAGUUGGGAAAAGGGGUCAUUCAAUAUGUGGUCCUUCAUUUUGCUUGGAAUUGUUUUUUGGUCCCUCAAAUUGUAACAGUUUCUUGCCUCCAUCAGAUGGAAAUGUUCUUGUGGAUGAGUAAAUUUUACAGUCUAAAUUAUAUUUGAUUCACCAAAAUUUAUUCUUUUGAAAUAUUAGGACAGAAAAAAAAAAGGGCUUCA